CGUGCGAGGCUGAGGCUGCGUCACCGCCCCGGGGCACUUAUCUCCUGGAUCAGGCCGAGGGGCUUUGCCGCCAGCACAGGGACUGUCCUGCCAUGGGACCCAGCAGAUGCGUCUGGGAAGGUUGGACCUUGGAGAGGGCAGCCCUGACGCGAGGGAUGGGCACCUGGCUCCGGGUCUGCUUCUGGGUCGGCUUGGGAGUCUCGGUGCCCGGAGAAGGCCCGGGGCCGGGGGCUGGAACUUUCACCUGCCUCACCAACAACAUCCUCAGGAUUGACUGCCACUGGUCGGCCCCAGAGCUGGGCCAGGGCCCCAGCCCCUGGCUCCUCUUCACCAGCAACCUCGCGCCGGACACCAAGCACAGGUGUGUCUUCCGGGGCAGCGCGUGCACCGUGGUCCUGCCGCCCGAGGAGGUCAUUGCGCCUUCCGACAACUUCACCAUCACUUUGCACCGUCACAUCUCUGGGAAGGAGCAGGUCAGCCUGGUGGACCCUCAGUACCUGCCUCGGAGACACGUGAAGCUGGAUCCUCCCUCCGACCUGCAGAGCAAUGUCAGCUCCGACUCCUGUGUCCUGACCUGGGGCGUCAGCCUUGGCUUGGAGCCGCUGGCCUCGCUGCUCAGCUAUGAGCUGGCCUUCAAGAGGCAGGAGGAGGCUUGGGAGCGGGCCCGGCACAAGGGUCACAUUGUUGGGGUGACCUGGCUUAUCCUUGAGGCUGCGGAAUUGGACCCUGGUUCCACCUAUGAGGCCAGGCUGCGUGUCCAGAUGGCCAACCUGGAGGACGCCAUGGCCGAGGAGGAGCGCUACGAGGGCCCCUGGAGCGAGUGGAGCCGGCCCGUGAGCUUCCUGUCUCCCCAGAGACCAGGCCGCCUGGUCUCGCCUCUGAGGCAGCCCGACAGCACCUUUGUCGCCAUGUCCAUCUUUCUCCUGCUGACCAGCCUGACCUACCUCUUGUUCAAGCUGUCACCCAGGGUGAAGAGAACCCUUCGCCACAACGUGCCGUCCCCGGUGCCCUUCUUCCAGCCUCUCUACAGUGUGCACCACGGGAACUUCCAGGUGCGGGGCCGCAGGGCGGGGGAGGGCAGGGGUUGCCCAGAGGCCUGGCCGGCUCAGGAUGUGGGCUCUGGUGGGCGGGACAAGGCCCCCUGGGCAGCUGGGACCAAGGCUGAGUGGGACAAGAUUGUGAUUGCCCCUGGCUGCGGGCACCCGCCCCUUCUCGCCUCGGAGUCCAGCGCCCGGGAGGCCAUUGCGUUGCUUACCUACGAGCCGGCGGAUCCCUGGCCGUUCGUGGGCCUGGAGGAGGAGGGCCCUGGCACUGGGCUCCCGGCAGAGGAGUUGCCUGCAGCCCUGGAGUGGGGAGGGCAGCUGCCCGCCUACCUGCCGCAGGAGGAGUGGGUGCCCGCGAGGCCCGCCAGGCUGGCGCCCCCCCAGUCGGAGGGCAGCAGCAGCGACUACUGUGCCCUGGGCUGCUACGGGGGGAGCCGCCCCCCACCUCUCCCAGGAAGCGUGCAGAGUUCUGGGCCCAUCUACGCCUCGGCCUGCGGACUGUCCUGCGACCAGCAGAGCCUGGCUGCCAGGCAAGGAGGUAGCUGUGUGGGAGCGGGUCUCGGUCAGGACCCAGACCCCGGGGAACAGGCUGCAUGAGGACCCCGGGCGUGUCCGUCUCCCAUCCUCCGCACACAGUGGGCGCGGUCCUGAAAGUCCCCGAGCCCCGACUCGGCCAGCUGCAUCGUGUCCACUUCGGGGAAAAUGGGCUGAAGCUUCUGGAGCGGACCCUUGGCUGGCACUGGACGGCCUGCAGAGGGAUGGAGGCAGGAGGCCCCUCCUCCCUCCUCUCAACUGAGCACCUGUGGGGCGGGGCCUCUGCACCCCGCAUCCUGCCUCUGCUUUCUGGAUCCAUCCCAGGCUCCUCUGAGAAGAGGGCUGUUCUGCCCUCGCCCCUUAAAGGCCAGCCUGGGCCCAGUGGACACAGGUG